AUGUCGCCGAGUAUGAAGGCCCCCGCAGAUACUAUGACUGCCAAGUCGGCAGACGAGGGCGAGAACGAGCUCAGAAUUGGAGAGGCUAUCCCAAUCAAGGUCUCGUUAGCGGUGGCCCUGUAUCUCUCAUCUAUGGAUUUAUACUCUGACCCCGAUCAAAGUGGCAAUCGUGGGCUCCAUGGCAACAGCGGCCUCCUUGGGGGAGAUGGUGUCCAUGUCAGUACCUUGUGUUUUCGCAUUUACUACCGUUACCUGACCUUGCUGAGUGGUAGGUACCCGACAGCUGGAGGUCAGUAUCACUUUAUCGCGAAGUUCGCACCCGACAAAUGGCAGAAUAUUCUGAGCUGGUUUGUAGGGUGGAUAGGAACCUUUGGGUGGGUAUCGUUCACUGCAAGCGCUCCAUAUCUUGCUGCAGGCAUGAUACAAGGCCUUGUAGUUCUCACAUGCGAGGCGUAUCAGCCUCAGCGCUGGCAUCUAUCAUUAAUAUACUGGGCUCUUGUUGGUUUCGCCACAGCUCUCAACAUCUGGGGCAGUCGUUUGUUCUCACUCGUAGAGACGGCGUCUCUCGUCAUUCACCUGGUCGGAUUUGUCGUUGUCCUGAUAGUUAUGUGGGUUUGCGUCCCAGCAAAACACAACGCCACAUUUGUCUUUACUACCUUCCUGAAUAGCACCGGAUGGUCGAGUAAUGGCCUUGCCUGGUGCCUAGGAAUGCUCUCCAGCUGCUAUGUACUGGCAGGCUACGACGGAGCCAUUCAUCUUUGCGAAGAGAUGGUUAAUCCAGAAACCGCCGUCCCAUACUGUAUGCUGGGCUCGCUUACCAUCAACGACAUAUUAGGUUUCGUUUUUCUACUCACCAUUCUGUUCUGCAUGGGAGACAUGGAAAACGCACUUGAUACCCCGACCAACUAUCCAAUAAUCGAAAUUUUUCGCAGUGUAACGGGAUCAUCGGCUGGAAGCUGUGCCCUGACGGCUGUUUUGAUAAUCGCAGCCUGGCUGGGCACCAUUGCGCUGCUGGCAUCAACCGCUCGUAUGGUUCUGUCCUUAGCUCGGGAUAGAGCUCUCCCAUUUUCCGGUUAUCUCUCUCAGCUUGAUACUCACACAGACUUACCGAAGCGCGCAAUCAUCACAACGAGCAGUCUGCUCGUGCUGUUCGGGCUGAUCAACAUCGCUUCCACUACUGCUUUCAACGCCAUCCUCUCACUUGCCGUCUUAGGAUUACACAUCUCAUACCUUGUCCCUAUCCUAUUUUUCCUAUGGCGCCGCCUUUCCGCCCCACACAGUUUAAGCUAUAGGCCAUGGAGGCUUGGCCGCGCUGGCGUUGCCAUCAAUGUUAUCGCCAUCAUCUAUCUGCUAUUCACCAGCAUCUUCAUGGUGUUUCCCUCCUAUCAACCCGUCACUCCAUCUAACAUGAACUACGCUUCUUUGAUCUUUGGGUUUGUUUGGCUGAUGAGCAUGGUUUUCUGGAUUGUGCGGGGUCGAAAGGAAUAUGAUGGUCCUGCUGUUUUGUGA